UAAUCUAUGCCCAACUUCAGUUCCUGACGUUUACUUGACGAAUACGUUCUCGUUCCAUAGUUUUUCAUAUAUUUUUUCCAGCCUUGUGAUUGGUGUGUAAUUUUUAAGAGCUAAAAUAUGAUAUGAGCUAUAAUUUUUAAUAGCUAUUACCCAAGAAGAUAAGAAUGGCCGGUUUUGGUGACUUCCCCGGGUACAAUAGGCCUUAUGCCUUGGACCCUAACAAGGAAUCAAAUGAUUUGUACGAUACUCGCUAUCAGCAGAUUUACGGAUAUCAUACUCCUGUUACCGAAGAUUUUCCUGGUCCUCCUCUAGUGAUGGAUGAUGGUAAUGAUGAUGAUACCAACGCUUAUGUUACUACAGCUAUAAGUGUGGCAAGUCUGAUCACUGAAAACUUACUGAGCCAUCCAUUUAUUGUGUUAAGAAGACAGUGCCAGGUGCACAAUGGUCUAAAAAACUUCCACAUAGUACCAUACACCCUACUGCCAGUUGUUGCCCGGCUGCACAGGAGACAGGAUGUCACUACUCUGUGGAAGGGCAUCGGUUCAACUUGUAUUGUUAAGGGCCUAAAUAUGGCAGUCGAGGAUGUUGUCUCCAAAGGCACAGGGUGGCCCAAAGAGUUAUCAAAAUGUGAUUCAGUAUUGCAGUUCCUUCAACACAUAACUUUAAAAUGUAUAAGCUUAGCAAUCAUCACGCCAUUUUAUUCGGCGAGUUUGGUGGAAACAGUGCAGAGUGACAUUGCAAGUGAUAAGCCGGCGUUACUCGACGUUUUCCGGGAGGGGUUCAUGCGACUCCUGGAGUGGGGCACCCCCAGUAGGGGCAGGAUGCUGCCCAUCUGGGCGAUCGUGUUCCCAACUGUUACACUCGGCGUUACUAAGUAUAUUGCUCACAUUUCAUUGAAACAUGUCACCGAAAGAGUUCUCCGUUUCCAACAAAGGCACAGACAUGAGCUGAGUGACUCAUACAAUACAAACUACACCAAGAACUCGCCCAACCCCUUAAUCCAGGAUAUCAGCCUUAAAGCCAGUAUCUUUUCUUUUAUUGCCAUGGAAAUUAUAUUCUUCCCUAUUGAAACAAUCAUACACAGACUUCAUAUACAGGGAACCAGAACUAUAGUGGAUAAUUUAGAUACUGGCACAUCAGUUAUACCAAUACUAACUGGCUAUGAGGGGUUUAUGGAUUGCUACAACUCAACCAUUGCUAAAGAGGGUGUUGCAGGCCUCUACAAGGGAUUCGGGGCUUUAGUCCUACAGCUGGCGGCGCAUUUAGCCAUCAUUAAACUGACAACAUUAGUUGUAUCAGAAAUCUCAAACUUAUUAAAACCAGCAAAAUCUCCAACAAACUCGGACGACUCAGUUCAUUCACAACAGAAAUAUAUAUUCAACUAGUCCAUGGAUAUUUAGAAAAUUUUAUUGUAAGAGUAAUUAUGUGUGUUAUCCUGUCAGUUUUUGAGAUGAUAUUAAAAUGAACACUAAACAUGGGUUUCAUUAUCAGUAAUACAAUAUUCAUGGAAACAUUAAACAUAGGAGUUUGUUAUUGCAUCAAAUUUGCUCCUUCAUUUCAAUUUAAAAUCUAAAAAAGACAGUGAUUUUUUUGAAUAGUUAAUCACAUUGAACAUUUCUUAUUAUAGUUAACCACAACACAUUACUGCAAUAUUUCCAAAAAAUGUUGAUUCCAAAUUAAGUUCAAAGGAUACCGGAAUGGUCAUAUAAUUGUUUUGUUACUUUUUGUAAAGUUACCUAGUUGUUAAGUGAAAUGUAUAGCUUGUUAGAUGAGAUUGUUAGCUACAAAUCAAGCUAGUUAAAAUAAAGAUUUCGUUUAUAGCAA